AUGCGUCCGACGACAGCAGGGAGGGGCGGUCGAGGCCGAACCACCGAGGUGGCAUGCCGCGCGGUGGUUGAGGAAAACCAGACGUCUGGCCAGAACGGACGUCCCAACUCCAUCGCCGAUCAGCAAGAAGGCUCCGCCAGCGGCCUUAAGGGCACGCCGACGCUGCCGCGCGCUCACGAAGGAGAAGGAGAAGAGGGGGAACGGCUUCCUGACGGGUCUCUGUGGGAAGGGAUCGGGGAGGGGCUGUCGGGGGCUUUCCUGCACGCGCAGCAAGGUUUGGAGGAGCUCAACCUCCUGGGGGUUGGAGAUGCCUUCUGGCUUAACUUCGGUCAGAUGGACGUCCCAGAGCUCCCCACCCUGUCGGACCUACGCAUCUUCGGCCUCUCCUGGCCACCGCCGCCGGCGCCGCCCCCGCCCCCGCCGGCCGCAAGAGAACCAAAACUCCAACCCGCGAGCGCGGCACCGGCGACCACCGCGAACGGCGAGACGGAAGGGCUUAGCGGCGGCGGCGAGAGCGUAACAGGGACGAUAACGGGAGAAAUUAAGACGCGGGGGUUGACCAGGAGGCUUCCUCCGUGGCGACGGGGGCGGCCAAAGACGGACGGCGGAGUCGGCAGGACCCCAGCAGCGGCGGCGGCGGCGGUAGACUCCGCUUCAGAGGAGGGGCAAGAUCGGCCGAUCACGAAGGCGGGGCGGUGGAGGAAGGUGGGCGCCCUGGCCGGGCUACGGAAGCGACUUUCCUUGUACGGUACUCAUGGCGGUGGCGGGGCGACUAGUGGCCAAGGCCACUUCGAGGGGACCAGCCCGGUAACCGCUGGCGCGCCCGCAAGCGCCGGCGGCCGGUGGUGGUUCGCUCGUAACGGCGCCGGGGAAGGAGAGGUGCAACCCCAGAAAGGCCGCCGCGGCGGAAUCGCUGCUGGCGGCAAGAGCGGAGGUGGAGGCAGUACGCGAAGUAUGCAGCGGAAGGGUAAGGAUCCGUCCGUCGGGUUGUCUGCGCCGGGGAAGCUUGAGCCCGCGGUGACACCGGCGGGAAAGUCAUCGUCCAGGACGUUGACGCAGCAGCAGUUGGAUCGCGCUGGCCAGGCUCUAGUCGACCGCCGCAACAGCUCUCCCAAGAUCUCGCCGCCGCCCGGCGGGGGUGGUAAGGACAAGGGCAAGAAGCAGGCCGGCAGCAGCAUGCGCGAGAAGAGGAAGUCGGCCGGACCUGCGGGACCGCCGACAUCGAGCAAAGGUCAGGUUGCUGGGCGUGCGAAUGUCGGUGAGCCGCCGCGAGGCGGCGGGGGGGGGGAUAAGGCAGUGCCCGAGGCGGACAAGACGAGCAGCAAGGGGGAGAGGAGUGUCGACAACGGUGGCAAGGCUGCUGCUGCUGCUGCUGCUGCUGCUGCUACGGCCCCGACCCAUUUCAUUCCGAAGUUCGCACCGCCUCCUAACGCCUGGAAGAUUCUUUCCAGCAAGAGCCCUGUUGAGGAACCGAAAGCCUCGGACCAAUCCGGGGAUCGUUCUCCAGCGGCUCCUCCUUCUUCUUCGGUGCCUAGCGGCAGUGUUGGAGCUGUCGGUCAGGAUAAGUGGGAGGGUGGUUCAUCAGAGGGCAGCGCUGCCGACAUUGAUGACGACGACGGGGAGGAGCAUGACGAGUUUCGCGACUUUGGCGACCUUCCUCUGUCGGUGACGAGCAUCCCCAGGCCGCCCGAUAUGGAGAUUACCAUCAACCGAAGCUCGGGCACACCAGCAAACGCUGAGACUCGUCCGGCCGCCGCGGCAGCAGCUAAGGCAGCCGCAGACUCCGACAACGUGCUGGAGGAGUGGGUAGACGGGGAGCCGGUAGAGGUGCACCGCGGCAGAAUGACUUCGAGCUGGAAGCCGACGCGCCCGGACGGGCUCAGCGGCACGUCGGGAGAGAUGAAGCUUGUGGAGAUGGCUUGCCUCACGGGACUGUCAUCCCGUGCCGGCAAGAGCGCCGGCCGCAUCAUGCUCGAGGAGCUGGGGUUCAGCCACCUGUUGCGCGGGCUAAGGGGGGACGUGCGCCCCAGCCUGCAGCGGCGGGUCCUGCAGGCCAUCUCCACGGUGAUAGACAGCGACCCUUCCCUCGCCCCUCACUUCCUCGGGCUCGACGGCCUCGACCACCCCGACGACGACAAGACCGCCAAGACAAAGAAGAAGGCGACCGCCGCUGGCAGCAGCGCGAGCGCCAAAAAGAGUGUUGGUGGGGGCAGCGGCAGCAGCAGCAGUGUGCGUGGCAGGUUGCAAGAGCGCCGGCGGCGGCAGCAGCAGCGGCGAAGAAGGAGGCGUGUUGCCGGGGCCGGGGAUGGGUCUCCAUCAUCCCCGGGUCCCGCGGUCGGCGAAGACGACCUCGUGGAGCGCAUCACCGCUAUCCUCGGGUACCACAUGGUCCCCGGCGGCGGCGGCGGCGGUGCCGGCAGCGGUACCGGGUUCGGUGUUCCAGGAGGCGUCGAGGCUGCCGUUGCUCCUGGGAGCGGCGACGGGCCUCUUGGCCGCGCCUUCCGCCUGGCGGUGGGCAGCCUGCCCCUGCCGCGGGUGCGGCCGUUUUCGUCCUCCGCGGCUGCGGAGAGCUUGGGCUUUCAUCAGCAACAACGGUCUCCCCUGGAAGGCGCGGCGGUGGUUGGUCGGGGGGCCGGCACGCGAGAAGGAGAGGGGGAGGGGGAUUUUCAAGCGGCGAGGGAAGGCCGCGACUGGUGGAAGGACGAGGUGGCCCUCGAGGAAGAAGGACUCGAGCAACAGGCCGCCACACAAGCCGCGGCAAUGUUUCCCGGUGGUAGUGGUGGAGCGGGCGGCAGCUCUGGGUGGGUCUGGUGGUGGGGGCGAGGGCGCCGUGUCUCGAGGGAAAGGCUCGUUGAGGAAGCACUGGAGCUCACGUUCCGCCUGAUAAUGUCCGGGGACGCGGCGUUGGAUGCCUUGAAGGUGGACGAGAACCUUGUGAGCGCCAUCAAGCGCGUCGCGGAAGGUGGCGGGCAAAAACUUCAGUACGACUCGAGGGGAGUUCUCAAGAGGGCGGGGCCGCCGCUCACCCACUCCCAGCUCCUCGCCAACAAGUGUCUCGCUGCCCUGGGGGCACACCAAUGGAGGCCCAAAACGAGGGGCCAGAAGGGGGUUCGGAUCCUCUGCUUCGACGGCGGGGGCACCCGCGGAGUGCUCACGCUGGCUCUGCUCAAGCACCUCGAGAAGGCACUGGGUGGGCGGCAGCCCCACGAGGUGUUCGACAUGAUCGUGGGCACCAGCACUGGCGGGAUCAUCGCGGGGCUCGCCGGCGUCAAGGCUUUCCCAGUGGCGGAGUGCGAGAGGAUGUACGACAGCCUCAUCAACAAGAUCUUCAUCAAGCACCCUGGCGGGGGGAUGAAGCUCGCCCUCAAGCAGGCGUUUUACGACGAGGUCGGGUGGAUGAAGAUCCUCAACUCUAUCCUGGGAGACAUGCUGAUGGUAGACUCCGCUCAAGACCCCCUCCGGCCCUUGAUCAUCUGCCCGUCGACCACCAUCAGCUCCAACCCCGCGAAAGUGAUGCUGUGGAGGAACUACAACUAUCCCCCCGGACACCAGGGACGAUACCACGGGAGCUUCAGGCACAUGGUGCGGCAGGCCAUUCGCGCCACGACGGCCGCCCCGACCUUCUUCCCGCCGCUGAUGAUCAACGGAGCGCUCUACUCGGACGGGGCACUCCUGUGCAACAACCCCUCCGCCGUGGCCUUCCACGAAGCCAAGCACGCCUUCCCGGGAGUUCCUAUCGAGAUGAUCGUCUCCAUCGGCACGGGUUGCUUUUUCGAGGAGAAGAGGGAGUUCCUCGAGCCUGCCGGGCUAGGGUGGGAUGGCAUCAUCAACCAGGUUAUCGCAAGCGCUACGGAGACCGAGAUCACGACAGACAUCGUCUCCGACCUUCUCCCUCCGGAGCAGUUCUUCCGGUUCAACCCCCGGAUGACCGACAUGCCCAUCGACGAGGUCAGGAAGGAGCGGCUGGACUGGCUCAAGACCCUCGCCAACGAGUAUUUCGAGACGCCCGAAAACCAGGCACGCUUGCAAGAAAUGGCGGAGAAGAUGCUGCCGGACCCAUAAAAGAACCCACACAGGAUGUUGGUAUUGGUAUGGUUGAUAUCUUGUGGACCCUGCGGGGAAAGGUAGAGCUCUUGUGAGUGCAGCGAGCUUUCCAUUCUGUGGUGUUGUUCAUGUGGUUUUGCGCCGUCACCGCGUCGGAGUGUUGGCGGGAUGGUAUUUUAUGUGUGUGUGUUGGGCUCGGGCUUUUGUUGAAGGAUGAGCCAGUGCUGCUGCUGCUGCUGCUGCUGCUGCUGCUGCUGCUGCUGCUGCUGCUGCUGCUGUUCCUGUUCUGUGCG